UCAGCUGUGUGUGCGUGUUGUCUGCUGUCCCGCCGCAGAAGAGGAAGCUCACACCAUGAAUUCUCUACGAUCAGGUCUCAGCUCCAGAGUGGUGGGUGGCGUGAGACCAAGCCUGAAACUAAGGCGUGUAUCUGCAGCUAGUUCUUCUGUCCGGCAACGGAGACAAGCCGAGGACAGCGGGAACUUAACCCCUUUUUCGUUCGAGAGGAAGCAAGUCAACUCGAGUAGCAUCAGCGCUGCGGGCUCGUGCCGUUGGUCUUCUUCCUCCACGACCAUUAGCAACGUUGGUCUCCCUGUACCUCUUCCUUUCGAGCAGAGCAAGUUCAACAGCGCAACGGUAGACAUCGCCAAGAUUCAAGUGGAGGACACGGCCGACUUCGCGCUCAAGCUCUUCGCCACUGUCGACAAGCUGCGCAAGGAUGGCAAGGCGGCGCUGUGGCUCAAGGUACCGACGGACUUCUGCCACUUCAUCUCGAUAGCGUCUCACUAUGGCUUCCAGCUUCACCACACGCAGCCCAAGUACUUGAUGAUGUACCUGUGGUUGCCUGAAGACGUGCCGGACAAGGUUCCCCCGUACGGCACGCACCACGUCGGCGUCGCAGGUUGCGUGAUGAACAGCCAGGACGAGGUCCUGCUUGUCAAGGACAAGCACAAGGGUGCAAUGUGGAAGUUCCCAGGAGGCCUGGCGGACGUCGGGGAGGGGAUCGGGGAGGCGGCGGUCCGCGAGGUGUGGGAGGAGACUGGCGUGAUGACGGAGUUCCGCUCGGUGCUGAGCAUGCGGCAUCAGCAUGAGAUGCAAUUCGGCAAUUCGGACCUGUACUUCAUCUGCCGGCUGAUGCUCCCCGAGGAUACGGGGGCGCUGGACAUCAACAAGUGCAACCACGAGAUCGCCGACGCGUGCUGGAUGCCCCUGGACCAGUUCAAGAAGCAGACCCGACACUCGAUGCUGGCGGUCGUGGCGGACAUGCUCGAAAAGCCAGAGGAGAAAGAGCUGACGAGGAGUCUACACGAAUCGGCGAUUCCCGACCGAGCACCAUACUUCCUUUACCACCGUCACUCGUAA